ACAAAAACAACGCGUAAGAGCAGCUGAUUUUUGCGGGUACACGCCUGACAUUAGUAAUCGACAAAUUUCUACUAGGGCAUACUUGAUUUACUUUUAAAUUCAAAGUUCAUCACUAAUAAUUUUAUUAUUAUUCAGUGGACAAUUCCAAAGCUAUAAAUUCGUUUAAUUGAUUAGCCUGUCUAGGUUGAACUAAUUUAAAAAUCGUGGAAAUGUCUGGAAAUAUUGACACAAAAGAUAGCGAUGAUGAAUUUCACGAUGCGCUUACUGAUGUGCUUAAUAGCGAAGACGUGACUUUGCCAUUUAAAAGUGCCUGUGAGGUAGACACCAGCUGUUGUUCAUCGCGCCUUAAAACAAAUGAAGAAAUAAUUGAGGAAAUAACACGCCAGCAAGCGGAUCUAAAACUACCUGGAGAAAAUGUGGAGGAUGACAACGAGGAAGAUAAACAAGAUGAUUGCAAAGUCGACGAUGUAUCUAAACUUUUUACAGAUGAUAUAGACAUGGAAGAGUUGCGUGAACGCGAAAAGACAAUGAGCUCUGAAGAGUUGCAGCAAAGUAAAGAGCGGUCGGAUCGUAUGAAGUUGGAGGCAAAUGAUCUAUUCAAGUCAGGCGAAGCACUACGGGCUGUUGAAAUUUACACCAGUGCUCUGCAAAUAUGCCCCACUACAUACACCAAGGAGCGUGCUAUACUGUAUUGCAAUCGAGCUGCUGCUAAAAUCAAUUUGGAUUCUAAAAAGUCAGCGCUAGAUGACUGCACAAAAGCAAUUGAGCUAUGGCCGGAGUACGUACGAGCAUUAAUGAGGCACGGGAAGUUGUGUGAGCAUGAAGACCGUUUAGAAGACGCUUUGACGGAUUAUCAGCGAGUUUGCGAGUUGGACCCAAGUAUAAAAGAAGCACGGGAAGCUGUCGCUCGUCUACCCAAGCAAAUUGAAGUACGCAACGAGCGAUUGAAAGCAGAGAUGAUGUCUAAAUUGAAGGAUGUUGGCAAUAUGUUCCUAAAGCCAUUCGGUAUAUCUACAGACAAUUUUCAAAUUCAGCAGGAUCCCAAUACAGGUUCAUAUUCUGUGAAUUUUCAACAAAACCCUAGAUAGUUGUAAAAUACGCCUAGAGCGUAAUUCGAAGUUUCAGUGAUCGUUUGCAGAUAUAAUUUUGUAUACUAGAUUUUUAAGUAGAUUUCCCCGAAAUAAAUGUGAUGUAAAAAAGCUGGACAAA